AUGACUAUUGAGAAUCCCCACGACGCUCUGCGGACCGUGAAUCUGGUCACCCAAUGUCUGUGUAUUCCGAUUGUGACAAUUUUUGUCGGCUUGCGGUUUGGCAUCCGCACGCAUUACAAGCAGUUUUUGGCCGUUGAAGACACGACCUGUUUCCUGGCAUGGCUCCUGUUUAUGGGGUACUGCAGCAUUGCUAUUGUCGUGAGCAAAUACGGUGGCGGAUAUCACAUCACCGACGUCUCUCUUGAGGAUCAAUUGCUCUAUCGCAAGUUCUGCUACGUUGCCACGGUACUAUACUGCCCUAUGGCCCUCCUGACCAAGAUUUCCCUUCUAUCCAUCCUCAUCCGCAUCUUCGCCCCGUAUAAAUCUCGAAUCAUCUUCAUCUACGUCCUCCUCGGUUGUCUGACGGUGUACUACAUCGUAGCGGAGAUAGUCAAGAUCCGUAUGUGCGACCCGAUCCCGGCAUACUGGGAUCUGCGAAAGGAGGCCUCGUGUAUGGACCAACGGGCAGCGCUGAUCGCCGACUCGGUGAUCAGCGUGGUCAGCGAUUUCAUUAUCCUUGUAUUGCCGCUGCCGUUGACCUGGUCGUUGCAGAUGUCGCGCAAUAAGAAACUGCGCGUGAUUGGCAUGUUAUCUGCUGGUGGAUUGGCCACGGCGUUUAGUAUCUAUCGAUUGGUUCUGGUGUUGAGGGAUGGGAAUUCCCCGGAUCAGACCAUCGUGUUUGUCUGUCUGAUUCUCUCUGGAAACGCAGAGGGAGGCGUCGGACUUAUCUGCGCCUGUCUCCCCACGUUCAACGUCCUCAUCCGCAAACUGCGCCAUGCAGCCUACGGCUCGAAUCGAUACUACCAGCAGGAGGAGUCAUCAUCGGUACCGCUGAGCAAGAUGAAAGCUAGCGGGAGCAAGGGGUUCUCGAUGGGAUCGAAACGCGAGCACGACUUCGGGUCCGAUCAGAGCCACCUGAUCUCAUACGCGGGGACAGUGGACUUGGCCAACGGGGGAGAUGCCACUGGGAUUCACAUCCACAAGACGGUAGAUGUGUCUCAGACGGUGGAAAUGGUGGACGAGACGGAGCAGGAGGGGACUCCAUCGGGUGGGCGUCGGUUCUAA